UUAAAAGAUUUUUGAUUUGAAGAAAAGUUACUUACAAACCAUCUGCUCUUAUACUUAAUUCUUUUACUUAACCACAAGAAAAAUAUUUCAAAAUAGUUAAUGUACUCAUUUGGUCUUCAAAUGUAAAGAAAAAUUCUUUAUUCCAGCGAUGAAUACGUUGUGUUUCAAAAAUGUUUUAGGAAAUCAUGACGGAUGUCAGCUGAACCUUCCCGCUCGUACAUUUGCCGUGGCGAUCCCUGUUUCAUUGAUGCUGGUUUUUAACAUUGGUGCUCUAAUCCAGACCGUUGUUGCAAUGAGAAAAAGUGCACAGGGAAACAAGGCUGCCUCGACUCAGAGAAAUCUGCCUGUUAUCGUGUUGAAGCUGACGUCAGUGUUAGGGGUCACGUGGAUCUUGGGUUUUGUUCUUGCCUUCUAUCAGACUCCUUAUUUGGAAUACCCGUAUGUGCUGGUGAACAGUUUUCAAGGUACGCAUGGGAUAAGCCAAAUUGUUAAGAUUUACAAUGAUUGAUUGAAUGUCAGUCGCGUGAUGUUUCAUUCCAUUGCAUCGACUAAAUGCAUAAGAAAAGUAAAGUAAAAUCCUUUAUUUAAAACACGAUUAUCGUUUAAUCACUACAUGCUUGAGGGGUCGUGUAUUACAGAAAAUCAGUCAAAAAUAUAUUUAUUAUACCUGGCAAACCAGAUCAAAAGGAGACAGCGACACUGGGUGCAUGUGUAUGUAAAUAAACUAUUUAAAUAGAAGGAUAAAAACAACGAUUG